AUGGCUCGACUCUUGUGUUGCAUCCUACUCAGUUUGAGUGCACACCGCUGGACGACAGACGCGGCCCCGCCCCUCUCGUCGUUUGGAAUUGGCUACCACGUCGGCCACGCAAGCAAGAUCGAAGGUGAUUUUCAGUCCAUUCGGCAGCACUUUGGCGGUGUCCGCACCUUCUUGACACAUGUAAACCCUCAAGUGAACAUCAUUGAUGUGGCAGCGACUGUGGGGUUGAAAAUUGCCACGGGGAUUCCAGUCGACAGCUCUCGCUUUGAAUUGGACCUGACCGCGGUUGUCGCCGGUGCAAAACGAAAUCCAAGCGCUGUCCAGGCUGUGUAUGUUGGCAAUGAAGACCUGCUCCAGGGAUUCGACGCUGGUCGACUCGUAGGAUUGAUUCAGCAAGUCAAGCGACGUCUUGUGGAUGCUGGCCUGCCGUCUAUUCCGGUUGGAACGGUGCAGACAGACGGGUCGUUUUUGGAGUUCCCGUAUGUAACGGACGUGUGCGAUGUCAUGGGGGUGAACAUCCAUCCGUUUUUCAGCCAUGGCCAGCCGAUGGCCAACUUUGAAGCUCGAUGGCGGAACAUGAAGGCCAAGUUUCCAGCGUCCAAACUUCGAAUGACGGAAACGGGGUGGCCUACUGCUGGAGGAUAUUCGCCGACCGGACAAGACGCCAACGAAGCCACGUCGUCGGCGUUCUUCAAGGCGUUUUACAGUUGGCACCAGAAGGAACAAAGCGAUAUGCCGUUUUGGUUCAUGUACCAAGAUGUGCCGUCGAAAGGGGGGUUUGAAACGUAUUUUGGACUGUCGAGAGUGGAUGGCUCGUGGAAGAUUGAUUGGCAGUCGUACGGCUCGCCCCCGUCAGCCCCACCCGUGCGGCCCACAUCCGCAAUGGCAGUCGAAUCGCCCGACGGCUACAGACUUGCGGUGGUGAAUGGCCAACUCAAGAGUUUACAGCAGCAAGAGUCGGCACUUUUCAUUUGGGAUCUGGCCACAAAUGGCCUUCGCACGAAUGGCAACAACUGCUUGGUUGCGUCAGCCGCCGCAACGAACGUUCGACUCGAGCCAUGUGACCCUAAGAGUUCCAAUCAAAGGUGGCUGGUACAUCGUCGGGCUAAUCGACUGACUCAUGUCGGUGAUGGCAUGUGCAUGGACAUUGCCCCGCAGGAGCGCAAACCCCAAUUGGCUCCGUGCGAUGGUGGCAACGACAACCAAAUGAUUCGAAUGGUCAGUUUGCAGUUGCGAUGCACGUUAGAAAAAAAUGUCGACUAUGCUGGAAACGACCUCAAGGCGGUGGCUACUCCUGAUGCAGCCGCUUGCUGCAAAGUAUGCCGCGACACGGCGAAAUGCAAUGCGUUCAGUUGGAUGCGAGGCACUUGUUGGUUGAAGCGUACGAAAGGACCGAAAUCGUCCAAAGACGGUGUCGUGUCGGCUGCGUUUGGCUAACCGCGCCCAUUAUAACUCUAUACUUUCAGUGGCUGUGAUGGCGCUAAUAUAAGCUGCAAGUUGUUCACGAUUUGAACGAUGUCUUUGUUGAUCGUGAUCACACAAACGCUUGCCAGGUGGCUGCUCACUUCGUCGCGGAUGGUGGGGCUAUAGUACGCCAGACGCCACAAUGCCCGUAAACUCGAAUGUUGCGCGCACUCUCUUUUGACAUGGAGUAAAGCGCACAAGUGCCCAACGAGUC